AUGCCCAAAACAGACGUGCUGAUAGCGGGAUCCGGCUCUGCCGGCAUCUUUGCAGCGACAUGGCUUGCCAUCUACGGGAUUCCUUUUACAAUGCUCGAGCGGCGCCCUGGGCCGCUUAAGGUUGGGCAAGCCGACGGUGUGCAAGUGCGGACGGUAGAAAUCUACGAGUCGUUCGGAUUAUCAGAAGAGUUACUAAGAGAAAGUUAUCAUGUCUUGGAAGUAUGCUUUUGGGGGGUUGACGAGGAGGAAGAGGGAAAAGCACAGGGAGGUAUCAAGAGAAAAGGUCGAACUAUUGAUACAGAAAAGGGGCUAAGCCACCUGCCGCAUGUCAUUCUGAACCAAGCGCGAAUGAACGGGCUGAUGCUGAGGAAGCUGGAGAGCGUGCUUCGAGAACAAGGACGAUGGCAAGAGGGAGCAAGCAACGGCAUCGAGUACGGAUGGAGCGUCAAGAGCCUGGACAUCGACGAGACCAAGACACGAAACCCAAACGCCCACUGCGUUAAGGUGACUGCCGAAAAAGACGGUAAAGAAGAAACUUGGGAAGCAAAAUACGUGAUAGGCUGCGACGGUGCCCACUCCACCAUCCGCAAAGCCCUCGACAUCCGCAUGCUGGGCGACUCGUCCGACACCGUCUGGGGCGUCAUGGACAUCUACCCAAUAACCAACUUCCCGGACAUACGGCGCAAAUGCACGAUCCGCAGCAAUGCAGGCAGCAUCGUCAUUAUCCCCCGCGAAGGCGGCGAACUCGUCCGCUUCUACAUCCAGCUUCCCGCUGGCGCACGACCCAAAGAAGUAAAACUGGUCGACUUGCAGAAUCAGGCCCGUCAGAUCUUCGCACCCUAUUCCAUGGACUACGCAGGCGUAUUCUGGUGGAGCACAUAUAGUAUCGGGCAACGCCUCGCAGCCGCCUUCCACGCCCACAACCGCGUGUUUCUAACCGGCGACGCAUGCCACACGCAUUCCCCCAAAGCCGGACAAGGCAUGAACGUCUCACUGCAAGACGGAUAUAACAUUGGGUGGAAACUCGGCUCCGUUUUGUCUGGCUUAUCGCCGCCUUCGCUCAUCCCGACGUAUGUUUCUGAGCGCAGUAAGACGGCGGCUGAUCUGAUUGCAUUUGACCGGGAGCUCAUGGAGUUGUUUGAAAGAAAAGAAAAGUUCAAGGGCGAGUUUGCUGAGUACUUUGUGCGCAGUGGGCGGUAUACGGCCGGGUUUACGGCACGGUAUGAGGAAUCGGUUGUUACGCAGGCGGGGCCGGGGGAGCAGAGCGUGGCGAGGGGGGUUACGGUGGGGAUGAGGUUUCCGAGUGCGCAGGUGAUACGGUUUUGUGACUGUAAGGCGGUGCAGUUGCAGAGUGUGUUGAGAAGUGAUGGACGGUGGAGGGUUGUGGUGUUUGGGGGAGAUCUUGGUCGAGAUGAGCAUCUUGCAAGGGUGCAAAAGCUUACCGGGGCUCUGGAAACCAUGUCACGACGGUAUACGCCUGUAUCCAAGUACCCCGAUGCUGUUAUUGAACCGUUACUCGUUAUGAGCAGCAAGUUCCUAGACAUGGAGCAAGAAAGGAUACCAGAUUAUUUUUGGCCCGUGACAGAUCUUCACAAAUCAUUCGUUGAUGACGAGCACUACAAUUCUGGCCAUGGUCAUGCAUAUGAAGCGUACGGUGUGGAUCCAGAAGUUGGUGCCGUAGUUAUCGUCAGGCCCGAUCAGUAUGUAUCGAAAGUGACUUUGUUAGACGAUUUGGAUGGGAUCACGAGGUUCUUUGCGGGAUGCAUGACUGAGCAAGUAGCGAAGAAGGAUGUCAGUCCAAGGUUGUAAAGUGGGGUUGAAAUGGGGGUGAGGUACGUGAGACUUCUUGUACUUAAAUGUGGCAUGCCUUACCACUACCCCAAAGAGUGGCAUUUCAAGCCUUUGUUCCGUAUUUGAUGAGCGUUGCAGACGCACGAGUAAUGAUAGCGGCCGGAAUCCCAUACGCUAGAAUUGACUUU